AUCUUUUUGACAUUCAAACAUACAUUACUUCCGGUGAACAUACACACAGUUCCGGUGGGUCCUCCAAAUUAUGGGCACACUAUGUUUAAAUUGUGGCCACAAAGGUUUCACUAACGCAUAUGUUUUCUGUGUGAAAUGCCUAGAAGUUGCUGUGCACCGCUACUGCCUUGAAAAUGUGACAUUUGAUGAGUUUGUUUAUUGGGUCUGCGAUGACUGUGAAGUGAAAGAGCUAGACGAACUAAACAUCAAGAAAUCUGAUGCCAUCACAGUAGAAAAUAAGGAUUGCACUAGUUCAAGACAUUGUAAAGUGAGUUCUGAAGUAAAUAUUGAUGUUCCUGAGACAACAUUAAAGAGGUGUGAAGGUAGGCUUCAACAACUUCAGCAGCCACCUUCUGGGAUUGAAAUGGUAGAGCAUCGCCAGAUAGCGGGUGAUACUUCAGGCAUGAAGAUGAGCAAGAAAAAAUCUAGUCCUACCUCAUUGAGAGAUGAGAAAUAUGAGCCAAGACUAGUACAUAGCUCUUCUGAGCAAUCCCAUGAGUCACAGACGAGCAUUGCAUGCAAUGAACGAACUCAAUCAGCUAAUGUUUCUCCAUUGCCAGCUAAGCGAUCAAAGGAAGAAGUUACUGCCACACUGGACAAGCUAGCGAGAGAAAAUUUUCAAGCUUGCCAUUUGAAGAAACCUUGUGAGGGAGAUGUUCAGCCUAGCACACAGGGUAAUUCUUCUAGCAUGAUUGAAAAGACAAGGAGUAUAUCAUCGUCUGUCAAUCAUCAAGAAAAGGAAUCGGUGCCUGGAAAAGAUAUAAGAUUAACACCUCAAUCUGGAACUGUUUUCAAUGAAGAGCCUUCUCAAUUUUCAAAAGGUGAACAGCCAAAUGAACCCAAACAUGCUGGCCAGGAACGAGCGUUGCCUCUUGUCGAUUUCAUUUGGAGGGGUAGCUUUAACAUACUGAACAAAGAGUAUGAGACAUUUGAUGGACUUUUAGCUCACCUAUCGGUUAAAGCAUGUCAAAAGGUUUAUGAAGAAGCAAGCUUGUUUCCAGCUUUGCUUCAACUGGAAAUGCUUCCAAAGUCUGAUGUAUGGCCUAAGAGUUUCACCAUAUCAGAGCCCACUGAUGACAACAUCGCAUUGUAUUUUUUCCCAUCAGACACAAGAUGUGAAAAAGAGUUCGAUCAGUUGGUGGAGCAGAUGAUCGGCGAAGAACUUGCUCUACGAGCAACCGUAACUAAUGCUGAGCUUUUGGUUUUCACUUCUACAGAACUUCCCUUGCUAUACUGGAGAUUUCAGGGUAAGUACUAUCUCUGGGGUGUUUUCAAAGCAAAGCGGGAUUCCAGUGGGAAUACUACGAUGCCAAAUGGGAGGAGCAAACCUGCAACUUGACCAACUCCUGUGAAUGAAUUGGGUGUUGUCAGAGAUGUCGCGAAUGCCAAAACAUGGGACAAUCAUUUUAGCCCUUUGAGCAACAGUGCAAGCUUUGGGUCUUGAAGUGUGUCAGGUACUCUUGUUGUUUUGAUGUGUUCCUCUCACAUGUGUGACCUAGUAUGCUCUUUGAUGCAUAUCUGGCGGAGGAAUGAGAAUGUGACGAAGCAGCUUUCUUUUUAGAGCCAUCUUGUUGUGGAGUUUUGCCCCAUUGAAUAACGUAAUGUCCAGUGAAAGUUAUCUGAUUUAACAAGAGCCUUCUGUUUAGCAGUUAAUUCGAGGACUAGUGAGCUUCGUAGAUCUCCAUAAGUAAGAGAAAAGUUUUAACAUUUUCUCUUUGUUAACCCCCCAUAUUUGGGGCUCAUGUUGUAUAUUUUGAAUGUAGAUGCAGGUUAUGUAAUAUUAAACUAUCUUGAAUGUAGGGAUGACAAUAAGAGUUGUGGGGGUUGCUUUUCUUUUUC